GUUUCUUAAAUGUGGAAAUCACCGCAAAUCUCUUGUCGAAAAUCUUGAUGAAAGUCUUAAACAAUUGGGCACAGGAUAUAUUGACAUUAUGUAUGUUCAUUCUUGGGAAUUUCGCACUCCUAUUGAAGAAGUAAUGCGUUCUUUAGAUGAUGUUGUACUCUAUAUUGCAAUUAGUAAUACACCAGCAUGGGUGAUUAGUUGCACAAAUAAGAUGGCUGAUUUACGUGGUUGGAGUCGAUUUAUUGGAUUGCAAACUCGAUAUAAUCUAUUAGAAAGAUCUUUGGAAUAUGAUUUACAAUCUGCUUGCGCUGAAUUUGAUAUUCUUGACUGGAAAAUACACCAAAGAAUCAGUAGCCAAUUCAAAAAGGGGAGAAGGUCGCAAUUACUCAAUUAUGAAUUUAGCGGAAAAAAUGAACAAAAUUGGAAAAUACUUGAUGAAGUUAAAGCUAUUGCUGCUGAAACUAAGAGAAACUCUGUUCAGGUCGCUUUGAAUUGGAUAUCACAAAAACCUGGUAUUACUUCUCUUAUCGGUGCUAGAACAAAAGCUCAAUUAGUUGAAAACCCUAAAGCUCUUGAAUUCAAAUUAACACCUGAACAAAUGGCAAGGUUAGAUGCUAUUUCCGCGCCAAAGGAAAUACCAUUUCCAUAUUAUUUUUAUCCAAGUCUUGAUAAAUUAGUUGGUAAAGGAAUACAAACUCGUGGCAAGUUUAAACCCAUGUUGAGGGCGGGGGAAACCAAAAUACUAGACGAAAUGUUUUGGACAGAAGCAGCCCUUUCAUGCCUGGGCAUAGCGAAAGAUAUUAAAGAAUAUGCGUUAAUGUCAGCACUUAUAACAUUUUUGUUAGUUUCAUUCUUUCAAAUUUUAUCUUGA